AUGAAUAGUAAAUCAAAUACUACAGAUUACCAAGUCAAUAACAAUUAUGAACUUCCGAGAUCACUAUUCGAAACGGGACAUCAGUUCUGGAAUUCUACUCCUGGCUCUUGCGGGAUUGCCAUGUAUAAUGAGAAUGGCUACCAUAGGGUAAGCAGAUAG